ACUUGUUGCUUUAGUUCGUUUCAUUUCGUCUCGCUGCCGCAUUAAGAGCCGCUUUUCGCUUCGGUGCGUCUGCGAAGGGGCGGAAGGUGGUGCUGAGAAGAGGGGGGUGGCGAAUGGUGGGAGAAAGGCGAUGGAAGGGGCAAGGAAGGAGCUGCCGUAGAAGCCGGAACUGGCCGCUAACGCAUCGCAACGCAAUGCGGCGACGAAAGUUGCGCCGCUUUUUUGGGCUGGCCAACAAAAAACCAGACGGCUCCAAAAGAAAUGGGAGAAAAAAGCAAAAAAAAAAAGACGAAGCUAAAAAGAAGCUAAACUGCAGACGCAGGCGGAAGAAGAAGCGGCGGCGGCGGCGGCAAAAGUAGCAACCUUCGAGGAUGUCCAGUUUCAUUCCAGUCCGGUCGUGAAAAUGCCGCGCAACUCGUUUCGCAAUAAAGAGAAAGUGUCCAGCGGAUCGCGCUGUUCGUUCUGGCGAUCGUAAAGAAUAAAUUUGCAGGCUAUUAAAAUGUUUCCUGUUUCCACUCACCACCGCUCAACGCUCCCCGCUCUCACCCGCUCUUUUCCGCAUCCACUUCGCCACCCCGAAAAUUUCGCUCUCCGCGGCGAGAAAGUUGCCUGGAAAUCUGGAAAUCUGCAUCCAUGCGACAAGUGAAAACAAGAUGCAGCCAAAAAUACCUACUCCCGUUCCCCAGACUCUAUAUAUUUCCAUACAAGCCUGCAAAUAUGUGUAUGUAUAUGCUUACAUACAUAGGUAUGUGCGCAUUGGAAGGCGUUGACUGGACUUUACUGGCAAACGGACGUUAUAAUUGAUAAGAGCGACUAACUCACCCGCGCUCUUGAGAGCAAGGGGAAAUGGAACGGCGGCUGAUUAAGUUCCAAUAUUAAACUGCUGAAAAGAGAUGGCAUCGCCUUGGAAAACCGCUAAUCUUUCGGUGCUAGCGAUUACAGGAAGUAAUGGAAAGAUUUUUUAGAGUGUACUUAUUGCUGACUGCUAAUGUCGCAUGUUGCUCGCGGAGAUGGCGCAGUGCCAUCGAAAACAGUUCCAGCUACAGCGCAACGGAGAUCGAGCGUCUGAACCCGCCGGAAGAUCAACGACAAUAAAUAAUUGUAGCUCACCGUCAUCCGGAUUAAUGGAGAGGAUCAUGGGCAGGAAUGGAUCGCUCCUACUGACCGCCGUCCUCAUAAUUAUCCUGGAUGUUUUGCUUGCACCAGUGGGUGCCAACCUGUGGACACGACACAAUAGCAAUGCCUAUCAAACCAGGAGGCGCUCAGGUCCCAGCAAUCGGUGUCCCAAGGUGGGAGCCAUUAAGAACUUCGAUUUGGAGCGCAUGAUGGGCUGUUGGCACGUGGUUCAGUAUUACGCAUCCACAGAGGAACUUCCGGAGUACGCGUGCAUGCGCAGUCACUUUUCCUUUUCCAAAGAGGAUCAGCAUAUAACGAUGAACUUUAGCUACAUAUUUGCGGAGGAUCCGCUGCGCGAGAAGCUCGUGGGCAACAUCACCUGGAUGAUACCCAAAUUCCAAGAGCCAGGACAUUGGCAGCACACGGAGGACAUAUAUGAGGGCAUCUACAACACAUACGUUCUGGACACGGACUACGACACCUGGGGCCUGGUGAUGCACUGCGCCGAGAAGAAGAAGCAACCACGUUACCUGUCCGCCCUGCUUUUGUCGCGGAAAACAUCGUUGGCCGACAACGAGAUCAGCUUUCUGCGCGGCAAGUUGCCGCAGGAUAUCGACACAUCCUUUAUGUUUAACAUCGGGCAGGAAUCGUGCGACAAUCUAAUGGAAUCUAGUCGCGACGAUCCACUGGCCUAUGUUGUGAAUGGACGCAAGAGAGCCAAGGAAAUCUUCAAAAUUAUCAAUAAGCCUGACGGCAGAGUGCGCGCUAGUAGCGAAGCGAGAAGCUAUGAGCAAAGCGAGAAGCUGUGAGCAAAGCGAGUCGAUGGCAGAGUAAGAGCUAAGCGAGAAACGAGCUACAUUGCUCUCUUUUAGUUAUUAAUGUGAACGUGAUGGAUUCGGACGAGGAAUUUUUUGCAUCAAGCGCAACUAUUAACUUUCUGUUAAAACUGUCGUCCACCCUCUUAACUGAAAUAGAAAUGAAAAAGGCGAAUUCAAUAAUUUAUAUAAAAGGUUAUUUACAGAAUGGAACAAGACAAAACAAAAUAACGUGUGUUUUGAAAAUAAACGGUAAUAUAGCGCAGAAUAUAACAAAACAAUCGUACGCCCUGAGCGAGUUGAAGCGAUAAGGCCUUGCUCUCGCUUUUUCGCUUAAGCUCGCAACUCGCUUCGCUCUCACUCUGACAUCUUUCGAGCGAUUGCGCUUAAAAUGCAUGCAGUGGGUUUAUCGCUCGUUCUUGUAUUAUUAGUCUAAUCAAUCAACUAAGAGAAAAUAUUAUACGAAAACCCGAUUUAUUUUGUCAAUAAUACAAAUUUAAAUAAGCACUUUCAAAC